AUGGAAUCUUUCGAUGCCCUACCACACUCUGAUAGAUUGAGUGACGACUACGAUGAGCCAGUGAAGCGGUCAAUUGUAGACCAGACGAAAAAGGCUAUUGCCUCCAUUACCAGUGGCAAUGCCGAUGUAGAUACCAGAAGCCAAGCAUCCUCUCAGUUAGAGGAAGCUAAACAAAUCACCAGAACGACUGAAGAUGCGGCAACGAUUAAUUGUCCGCCAGAAGUUCCAGUCUAUCCCCAAUUGACCCACAAAGCUUUCGAGGCACCUAGGAUCGCCAACAUGGACACCAAUGUUGACGAUGAAGAAAUAGACGAAGAUGGUAUCGGGCUUUCGAAGCCAUCGCAACGAAAUGCUACACCACCGCCUGAGCUGCUUCAACACAAUCAUGGCGCGUUCGUCCAUAACGUGGGUGAAGAAGGCGUCAUGCGAAUGCAUCGCUUUACACUGUAUGAAACGCAGAGUCUUUACUACAUUAUUGGCUCCGACAUACUUCGCACCUCGUAUCGCAUCCUGAAGAUCAGCCGUCUGUCCGAUCAAGGUGAGCUUGAUGUUACAGAGGACGAUAUCGUCUAUACUCAAAAAGAAACACAGCAAAUCGUGAAUGCGGUAGACGAAGGGAACAGGGCUACUGGGGGCUUAAAGGUAAAAACGAACGAGUUCUGGGGUCUCCUCGGUUUUGUGAAGUUUACAGGAGCAUACUAUAUGGUCAUCGUGACCAAAAGAACUCAUGUCGCUGUUCUAGGCGGUCAUUACAUUGAUAGAGUUGACAAAACUGAGAUGAUCCAAUUGACCACUACCGCCACUGCGCGAGUGAAAGCGGAGAAGUAUCUAGAGGAGGCACGUCUCGUAAGCAUUUUUGGAAUGGUAGAUCUGUCAAAAGGAUUCUACUUCAGUCCCUCAUAUGAUAUCACGCGAACUUUGCAACACAAUAUCUUAAGAGAGCGCAAAAUACUGAACGACAAUUCUGCACAACCACAACCUCCAGAGCACAACGACAUGUUCAUAUGGAAUCACCACUUGCUCGAGCCAGCUAAAGCAGCUUUGCAGAAUCCUUUCGACUGGUGCUUAGCAGUCACCCACGGAUAUAUCGACCAGUGUGCACUCUCGAUCUACUGGGGACGAGUGGUCUACAUCACAAUCAUUGCACGGCGAUCGAGGUUCUUUGCAGGCGCUCGCUACCUGAAACGAGGUGCUAACGAUCUCGGCUUUGUCGCCAACGAUGUCGAAACAGAGCAAAUUGUGUCUGAGAUGCGAACUCAGUCUUUUCAUGCGCCAGGACCAGAGCUUUUCGCAAGCCCUCUGUACACAUCAUACGUACAACAUAGAGGGAGCAUACCCCUGUAUUGGUCACAAGACGCUACUGGAGUUUCUCCUAAACCAGAUAUACAUUUGAACGUGGUCGAUCCCUUUUUCAGUGCUGCCGCACUCCACUUUGACAACCUUUUCGAACGAUACGGCACGCCCAUCUAUGCAUUGAACUUGAUUAAGCAGAAAGAGCGAAGCCCUCGAGAAGGCAAGUUAGGAACCGAAUAUCAAGCAGCGGUUGGAUACCUCAACCAAUUCCUCCCUGAAGAUAAAAAAAUUAUCUACCAUGCGUUUGAUAUGAGCCGCGUCACAAAGAGCAAGGGAGGAGAUGUCAUCGGAGACCUCGAAGAAAUUGCAGAGGACGUCGUCACGAAGACAGGCUUCUUUCAUAACGGGUACGAUCUAGAGAGUGGACUUCGCUUGCAGAAAGGCGUAGCGAGAACUAAUUGUAUCGACUGCCUGGAUCGAACGAAUGCGGCCCAGUUCAUCGUUGGCAAGAAGGCCUUGGGUCAACAACUUAGAGCUCUCGGGGUCAUUGAAGACGACUUUGUCCAAUUCGAUUCAGACGCCGUGACAAUCUUUACCAAUAUGUGGCACGACCAUGGCGACACGAUUGCAAUCCAGUAUGGAGGUUCGCACUUGGUCAAUACAAUGUCAACCUAUCGUAAGAUCAACCAGUGGACAAGUCAUUCACGAGAUAUGGUUGAAAGCUUGAAGAGGUUCUACAAUAACUCGUUCCUAGAUGCACAGAGACAGGAGUCAUACAACCUGUUUCUUGGUACAUACAGGUAUCGGAACGGGUAUCCUUUGCUAUGGGAUCUGUCGACAGAUUACUAUUUGCAUCAUACUGAGCCACGAUCGAUGUUCGGGCGAAGGAGGCCCAGCUAUAGAGCCUGGUACACGCCAGCAUACCUGGAAGAACCUCAAGUUGCUUCGCUCUUGUUGCCGAAGCAACCGUCGGAUCGACCACUAUCAUACUAUGACGAUUAUUGGUCAGAGUACUAUAGACCACUAACACUGUCAUCCUACCGAAAGAUCUUUGCCUUUAAGAUUCAUUCGAACUUAACAAUCAUCAACGUCAAUGAAGAAACUCAAGGCGGUAAGUACGACUUGAGUCCCUUCAAGGUCAGGACGGGGAAGUCAGAAAAGACAGACCCAAAAGAGAAAGCCGUGCCAGCGCGAAAGAAGGGUGUCAAGGUGAUAGCCCCUAGCGACGAAGGGUCCACAAUAGACGGCUCAUCGAUCGACGCUCGGCUUGCAGCUAACAACGCUGUGGAGAAGCCAAACCCCCAGGAAUUGGGUGAAUGGCUUGAUCGUCAGCAGCAGGCACAUGCAUUACGAAGGAAGUAUACUGGUAUUAUCAAGGAUUCUUCCUGGGAAAAGGCUUCGAGAACGCCGACGGUACCUGCUAUGCCACCUGCAGGGAUACUGCUUGGCGAGAUGCCUCAGCAGCAGUCCAAACAGGACCAGCAAUCAGCAGCUUUCGAAAGGAUGGUGACCAAUAGCCUGAACCCGAGAGUUGUGGAAAUGGAGGAAUACGAACAGUACAUGUCACAUCCGGCAAGCAUCCAAUUAGUGACCUCGACAGAAACAGACUAUGCGAAAGCCCCCAAAGAAUUCAUCGAGUACAUCGCUAGGAAUCAAGAUCCUACCGAAAUAAUGUAUGCGCAUGCGCUGUCCUCUCAUGUCGAUGGUUACUCUGAGGUUGAUUUGACGCUCGAUGAACGAGCAGAGCUCAGCAUCGAUGAUUACCAGGAGUAUGUUUCGUCGGGAAUGCGAGAAGAUGCAUUGACCGUGCUUGAUGAGGAUGCUGCAAGCAAAAGGUACAAGAAGUACAGAUCGUGGGUCACUCGUGGCAAGAGUUUGUUCAAGCAGAAAUAUUAUCUUGGUGGUGAACUCGUUUAG